GAGGAUGAAUUUGUUAAAAUGUACCAAGUUUCCAUUCAAUUUGGUGCUAUUCUGGCAGUGGUGGUAUUAUAUUGGAAGAAAUUUUUUGAUUUUAAAAACGUAGGAUUUUAUGUUAAAUUAGCUGUGGCAGUACUACCCGCUCUUAUUUUAGGAAAACUUUUUGACGAUAAAGUGGAAGCCGUAAUGGAAAAACCGCUUUAUAUUGCCAUCGUGAUGAUUUUAGGAGGAAUUGUUUUGAUUUUUAUUGAUAAAGUAUUUAAUCAUCCUACGGUUUUUAACGAUAAGGAAUUGACUAUAAAAAAAGCCCUUACCAUCGGUUUUUGGCAAUGUUUGGCGAUGAUGCCGGGCACGUCUCGUUCGGCGGCUUCUAUUAUCGGAGGGAUGCAACAGGGUUUGUCUCGGAAUUUUGCUGCCGAGUUUUCUUUCUUUUUAGCUGUCCCUACCAUGCUUGCCGUUACGAUUGGGACUAUCAAGGGAAAGAACAAAAAGGCUAUGAAAUGA